AGUUGGCUUGCUUUCGCUCUCUCGUCUCUCCUGUUCCAGCUAGAAAGUUCAGAAGAGUGUUUCCAUGGCGCUUCGCUCCGCGAUUUUGAAGAAGGCUCUGUGCCGGAGCUCCGUCGCGGGAGCGAGAUCCAUGUCGUUGUGGCGGAACGUCGAUCCCGCACCCAAGGAUCCGAUUCUCGGCGUCACCGAGGCAUACUUGGCCGAUCCGAGUCCCGACAAAGUCAAUGUUGGAGUUGGUGCCUACCGUAAUGAUAAUGGAAAGCCUGUUGUUCUUGAAUGCGUUAGAGCAGCAGAGCGUAGGAUUGCGGGAAACUUGAACAUGGAAUAUCUUCCUAUGGGAGGGAGUGUGAAGAUGGUGGAGGAGACCCUGAAGCUGGCCUAUGGAGAGAAUUCUGAGUUCAUCAAAGACAAAAGGAUAGCUGCUGUUCAAUCUCUCUCUGGAACAGGUGCAUGCCGGCUUUUUGCAGACUUCCAGAAACGUUUUUGUCCUGAUUCCCAAAUCUAUAUACCAGUGCCUACAUGGGCCAAUCAUCAUAACAUCUGGAGAGAUGCCCAGCUUCCUCAAAGGACUUUCCAUUACUAUCACCCAGAGUCUAGGGGGUUAGACUUUGCUGGAUUGAUGGAUGACAUCAAGAAUGCUCCAAAUGGGUCAUUCUUUCUACUUCACGCUUGUGCUCACAACCCAACGGGUGUGGAUCCCUCAGAGGAACAAUGGAGGGAGAUCUCAUACCAGUUCAAGGUAAAAGGUCAUUUUGCCUUCUUUGACAUGGCAUAUCAAGGUUUUGCUAGUGGUGAUCCAGAGAGAGAUGCGAAGGCCAUUAGGAUUUUUCUUGAGGAUGGUCAUCUCAUUGGAGUUGCUCAGUCAUAUGCAAAAAAUAUGGGACUCUACGGUCAAAGAGUAGGAUGCCUUAGUGUACUCUGUGAGGACGAAAAACAAGCUGUGGCUGUAAAAAGUCAAUUGCAGCAGCUUGCCAGACCCAUGUACAGUAACCCUCCUGUGCAUGGAGCACUUAUAGUCUCAACUAUUCUUGGGGAUCCAGACUUGAAAAAUAUGUGGCUUAAGGAAGUUAAGGGCAUGGCCGACCGCAUAAUUGGAAUGCGAACUGCUCUAAGAGAAAACCUCGAAAAGUUGGGUUCCCCUUUAUCAUGGGAGCACAUAACAAAACAGAUUGGCAUGUUCUGCUACAGUGGGAUGACACCUGAACAGGUUGAUCGUUUGACAAAAGAAUAUCACAUCUAUAUCUCUCUCUCUCUCUCUCUCAGCAUGGCGGGUGUUACAACUGGCAAUGUUGGGUACCUGGCAAAUGCGAUCCAUGAGGUCACAAAAUCUGCUUAGACGAACAGGUUCAACACAUUGCAUAAGCAACAUUUUUUCUUUCCUUAUUUCUUUCCAAUCUCCCCUGUGAUUGUUCGGAGGGGUAAUAAUAAUAAUAAUAAUAAUAAAACAUCAUUAUUUCGCUCUUCAAUUGAUCUUCCUCCAAUUUUUUCAGAGAUCAAUUAGGAGCCACUUGUAGACUUGUAGUUUUGGUUUAGUUACUGUCCUGUAAUACAGAGGCAGGAAGAGCGAAAUUUUUAGCUUCGGAAGGUUGAUGUUUAUUGAGAAAUAAGUUUUUUAUGGUCAACUCUCAACACUGCCAAUUUAGUUACUUCUCCCACAGUUUAUAUUUAGGUCGGGAAUUUCUGACCCCCAAUGAUCUACAAUCAUACCAUUUGAUCAUGGCACAAACUGUGAGAUUUACAAUUCUGCAUUUUUCUUGAGCUCAUUAUCUUUUGGAAGACUUUACUGGAAAGGUUUUAUCUGAUGAAACAUUUGCGAUCCAAUCCAUGAAAGGCUUAUAUGACAAAGGAGUUGUUUGCUGUAGCACCAACUGUA